AGGGUACAUCUAUCCCUCCAUCUAAGUCACUGAUGAAGAUGUUGAACAAAACUGGGCCUAGUACCAACCCCUGGGAAAUACCACUAGCUACAGGCCUCCAACUUAGACGCUGUGCUGCUGAUCACAGCUCUCUGAGCUCUGUUAGCAUAAUAACAUCCACUGCUCUCCUCUAUUCUACCCAGCUGGUCAUGACAGUCAUAUGAAGGCACUGCACAUGAAUAAAGGUAAAAUUAUACAGCUAUAAAAUGACUGUAUUUAACAUGCAAACUUUCCAGCGUAACAAAAAGCAGCAUGAGUAAUCCCAUCCUGUCAAACUUUGUGGUGGUGAUGGUGGAAGUUGUAUGUUCUGAUAAUUCCCUGAUUACAUGUCAUUGCGUCUUGACUAAUUUCCUUAUCUGAGGCUGCAUCUUCUCAUGUUCACCUGACACAACCAGAGGAGAUCAUGCAACUGAUAUAACAAGGUGUCCAACAUUUGCAGUGCUGAACAACACCAUUAACGUUCAUGAAAUGCUCUUCUUUUCAUUGGAAAAGCAGAAAAAAAACACAUUAUUUUUCUUUUCCUCAUCAACUUUUAUCAAAUACAGUGAUUAGCCAUCCUGUUUGUUGCAGAGUUAAAUAUCGGUGGUUUCAAUAGGUGUCAGUGGGAGAACAGGCUCUGCUUUGAUGCUGCAAGGUCAGUAUGUCCAUCCCUCUUAUCUCAGCCGAGCAGCUGGGCCACAAAUCAGGAGUGAAGCCAGGUGAGGGGACCUAUGACAGAGCUGUGAGGGAGGACAGAGAGCUGGCAGUGCUCAGGCCCUGGCAACAGGGAGCUAUGGUAGACAUCAGGUCCCUGGUGCGGCGUCACUGGGUAGGAAGGGGCAGUGCCAGCACCCAUGGAGAACAUCCCUCCCCACAGUGCAGGCAGCACCCUGGUUUGGCAUGGAGCACCUGGGAGGUGCUGGAGUGGAAAAAAAUGAGAAGCUGGCCAUGCACUGGUUCAGGCAGGCAGCAGGACAGGGCCACCCACACUCCUCCUUCAACCUGGCACUGGGAGCUCUCAGCAACAUGACGGCGGCACUGGAGGAAAGGGAAGUGGAAAAACUCCUUGGUGUGGCUGCAGCCCAUGGGCUCCGAGAAGCUCAGGAACUUCUAGAGAACAUUCUCAAGAGCAGAAAGCUGCCCUGAAUAACUGCACCAGCCUUGUCUUCUUCUGCACCUUUAUUGAAAUCCAAUUACGAGCUGGAGAUCACACCUUAUACCAAUUAGUCUCCUGAUAUUAAGUUAGAUCCAGAUACUGACCUGUGCCAAGGGUUUGAUGCUGUGGUUGUGCUGUAUCUAUUUCAUGCUCUGCUUAUUUUU